CAUUUCAUAAAAAACAAUAUGGAUUUGGAUUUAUGUCAGAUGAAUCGUGUUUGAUUGUUUAUGGCAUCUAUGCAGAUUGAAGUAGCUUCAUCUUCUUCGCCAUUUAAUUAUUCUCGAAGGGAUCACAAUCAUUCCACCAACAUUACGGGGUAUAUGACCCAGUGUAUUCGCAAGAACAAAGCUCAUGAUGAGGACAAGGAUUCAUCAUGGCUUCCUUCCAAAAAUUCCAAUACCGAUGAUUCCUGGCUUCCCGCUCAUGUAACCUCAAAAUCAUACGCUUCUCAUCACCCGAAAGGACACACCGACGUUGAUGAUUCUUGGCUUCCUACCAACAAUGACACCAAAGGAAAAGGUCGGACAAACACCUCAGCAGAGAAAGAUAUCGACUAUUCAUGGUUGCCCUCCACCUUCAUCGACAAGAAAGAAAAAAAACAGAAAAAUGACAACGUUAAAGAGAAGAACAAGAAGAAGACCGAUAGCAAGAUCAAGAACAAUGAAAAGAAUAAUAUUAGCAAAAUCAACAAGAAUUCCAAUGUAAAUACCAAUAAUACCAAUACCGAUUCGGAAACACAAAAGAAAUCAAAGAACAACCAUUGGGCAUUGGCUCGUGAAGUAGUUUUCUCGUCUGAUCAACAUGUACAAAACGAUGAUCAGCAACAUGAUUCUUCUAAGUCGAAAUAUACAGUGGAAUCUCCAUCUUCAGUUGGCGUUUCUACCCUCCUUCGGAGAUGGAGUGCUUUAGCUGAAGAAAAAAACUCAAACGAAAACGACAACCUAUCUCCUGCUUGCAAUCGUAGCAAUGUGGGAUCAACAUGCAAAGAGAGUAAAAGUUCUACCCAAAGCCCUCCAAGCACCAUGAAAGACUCUGAUUGGGAAUCUGAUAACACAAGUCGUUCCAGACGGCUUUCAUGUCCACUUCCCAGUCGGGACAUCAAGGACUCGCAUGCGAGCGCUGCAACAAAGGAGAAGAUUCGAGUGGGGGAUAUCAUCAAGAAGUUGUCAAAAGAAGAAGAAAUGGCUGCUUCUCAAGCUGGUGGAAAUGGAAAUGAAUCUUUGCCUCGGAUUCGAACCUCUUUAGAUAAUCAACAGAUUGAAGAACUCAAAGGAUUUAAGGAUGUUAAAGUUUCACGCAUCAGAGGGCGACAAGCUUUCGACAAUUUCCUCAUGCUGACAGAGAAUAAUAAAGAUCGUGAGCUCAAAUGGCUGUUGGAACGUAAAACUGUUUCUAAGUUUUCACAACGAGGCCGACUCAAAGCUAUGCUUCGCUUUAAAAGUCUACGUCUUGAUGCCGAACCAAAACCAAAACUAGAAGCUAAAAGACAUAGACGAAGCGUUUCAAAAACAUUGGAUUCGAAUAAUCGUGUAGCUAUCAUGGAUUUAAGGGAAAGGUUUGACUCCGGAUCUGAGAAAGGAGAAACGAAGUCUAGAAAACACAGAAAAAGUGUGUUGAUGAACAUCCAAAACGAGGAACAAUAUAGCACCCCAACCGCAGGAAAGGAGGUUUAUGUUACACCAAAGACAAAGGCCAAAACUACAAGCUUUAACAUCAGCAACAAGAAACAAGAGCCAUGUCCUAAACCAGAGCCAAUGACUCCGAAUCUAUCAACACCACACACAACAAAUUCUUGUAAAUAUAUGGUGCAAAAAGCCGAUGCGAAUAGUUCAUCAAACUCCAUGCGGAAAACACGUUAUAAAGAUGAUAAUAAAUAUGAUUUCCAAGAAGACGAAGGUCAAUUUAUGUCGGCUAAAACUUCAUAUACUUCUAUCGAAGAUAGAGGGAAUAGUGAUUCAGAAGAGACGAUCUACACUGCUAAGAAGACUGAAAACUUUGAAGAUUGGAUGACAAGCGAAUAUUCUCAAACACGUAGCGAAUUGGAUGAAAAUGAAUCUUAUGAUAUGCAACUCUUUGAAACCAAUUAUGAUUGGAUCAGCGAUAUUUCUCGCCCAAAGAGUGAGUGGGAAGAUAUGAGAAAAGCAAGGUAUCAGGAGAUGCUUGAGCGUUCCUCAGGCAAGGCAGACAUACAGCGUCUUCUUGAAAGGAAAACUGUCUCAAAUUUCCUUUCCAGUAGUCUACGUGACUUAAUAGACCAUGUAAUGAUGAAUCGCAUCCAGCAAUCGCAUGUCCAGGUAGGAAAAAAAGUUAUGGUAACAGCUAAAGGUAUGUCGAGGAAGGAAGAAGUCGAACAAGAAUAUGGUUCAGUGGUAGAUGAAGACGGAGACUAUAGAAGCAGAACUAGACAAUUUAGUGAAUACAGUGAAUAUGUAGAUCGAACACCAUAUUCAGAACGAUUAUGGAGACCUAAUGAUGGCGCUUAUAGCUCUGAGACCACAACAACAACGACAACGACAUCUCCAUCUUUAGAACGUUCUCUUUCUUCAAAUCGUUCACAAAAUAAUAGUACUCCGCAAUCCUCUCCCGCAGUCAUCCACCCUUCUGUUGAGAUGGAACUCAUAUAUGAUUUGAGAGGACACAUGGAGCAACUCCAUCAAGAGAUUAUGGAGCUACGCAGAUCAAUAAAAGGCUGUGUUAACAUGCAAGUGAAAAUGCAACUUUCUUUCAAGCAAAAUGUUGCUGUAGCUGCUGCAACUCAUUCGGUUCAAAAGAAGGAACGGAAGCCACCUGGUAUUGGAAAAACCUGCUCUAUAUGUGGUGAUAUGCAAGUCGAUUCGCUUCUAUAUAGAUGUGGACACAUGUGCACUUGUUUCGGUUGUGCGGUGGAGUUGCAACGCAUUAGUGGGGAGUGCCCGGUUUGCGAAGCUCCAAUUGUGGAUGUUGUGAUGGCAUUUGUUCAUGAGAACUGAAUGAAUGUUGCUAACAUCAUAUUUUUUGAUCCAUCUGCUUAUCCAAGAGUAGAAGAUUUUCUUUUUUCGUUCUUUUCUUCAAGUUGGUUUAUUCUGAAAUCAACUUUUUGUAUACUAUGUAACACCACUCUGAAC